AUGUCGGCACCUAUGGGCCCUAUCCUUCAACAGAUCGCAACUCUCCCUGCCCGCUCGAGGCAGGGUCUGAGUAACUUGCGUCAGCGACUGUUCCAGCAGGGAGAGAGACAGCCCAAGGAAGCCAACCUCCUGCGAACUUCCCUCAAUGUUCACCGUCCAGUCUGGGUAACCGCUGGUGGCGGCAUGUACACCAGCAUGGCCGCAGUUUAUCUCACACUUCGCUACAUGAAACGCGUGGUGCGGUAG